GCUAUCUUCAUCUUAGUGUUGCUUCUCUUUGUCAGAGGUCUGACUUCCGUUUUCAUGUUUGGUCCAGGUUUCUGGAAUUUACUAUCUAGUGAGACUGAGCCAUCUCUCGCUUUGAUAAACAUCUGUUGUGAUUUAGUGUUUUCAAGACGGAGCUAAUAAAAGGUCCUCCAUUUCAGCCUGUUUAGAGUUUGGGUCCGUCAUUUUAUUCCACCCUUGAAAAACACGACUGUUUACCUAGCUAGCUGGCUAGCAUCAGCCAGCUGAGUUAAAUCACCUAGCAUGUUUCGGUUCUUGAAUGACGUUGAUGACGACCCCUACAUGAUGGAUCCAUUUGCUGCUCACAGGCAGCAGAUGAGGCUUAUGUUUGGACCAUUUGGCAUGGAUCCCUUUGCGCUCGCCCCCCAGAUACAACCACCCCGUGCACCACGUAGACAGACUGGUGCACUGACCCCCUUUGGCAUGAUGGGAAUGGGUGGAGGGUUCAUGGAUAUGUUUGGCAUGAUGGGAGAAAUGAUGGGAAACGUGGAAAGAAUGUCCGGUUCACCGAACUGUCAGACGUUUUCCUCUUCAACAGUGAUCUCCUACUCCUCUUCAGACUCGGGGCCUCCUGAAGUUUAUCAGCAGACCAGUGCAACGAGAACAGGCCCUGGAGGGAUCCGUGAGACGCGACAGUCAAUGAGGGACAGCGAGAGCGGCCUUGAGCGUCUUGCCAUCGGCCACCACAUCGGGGAGCGUGGACACGUAAUGGAGCGUUCACGAAAUCGCCGCACUGGAGACCGCGAGGAACGACAAGACUUCAUCAACCUUGAUGAGACUGAUGCUGCAGCGUUUGAUGAGGAGUGGAGGAGGGAGGCAGGAAGAUACGUUCCCCCGACUGCCCGGGCGCUGGACUACGGCCGAGAUCGACGGGGAGGCGGCCAGCAGCUGGCCCUCACUGCCCCUCCCAGCUCGACAAGCCCCCCAGGCCAUCGGCACGAGUCCCCCAGACACCGUCAACCCCACACCCGUCCACGUUACGACUGGUGAGAGGUGUCACACUUGGGCGACCAGACAAAAGGAGUUGAGGGAAGAUUUCCCCGAUGCUGUGAACCACGCUGAAGACGGAAGUUGAUGAUCUUCACAACUGCCCGUCGUAAAUGUUUGAUAUGACUGGACUGUCUAUCCAUGAACAACACACACACACACACACACACAACAAAACCACACACGCUUGAUAGUUACAUUAACAGUUCUCCUUUUCCACCGUUACACUCAACACACACGCAUACACAUCACGCACCCUUGUGCAAACAUGGGUAUAACUACACUCAUUUUAUAUAUACUCAUUCUCAAAACUUGACAACUUGACUUGUGUUUUUCCCCACUGCACUUAAGUGCAACAGUAUACAGUACAUCUGCUGUACAGUCCAUUUUAUGUUUGUGAAGACACUAGUGUGUCAGUGAAUUGAAUUGUAUACUGUUAACUAAUUAAUCUAACUAAAUAAAAGUUCAUUAAACAUUGUUAGAUAAUUACAAAA